UACUCAAAAAGGAAAAACAAAACAAAACAAAAAAACUAGAUAAGAAGCAAGCCUUUAGUAAGUCCAAAAGCUUUAAUUCUGGAGCUUAUCCCACUGCAUACACAUUGCAUAUAUUGAAUGUGUUCAUGUGAAUGUGUCUGUAGCUGCGAAGAGCAUUUGUGCUUUUCCUGAGAGCCGCUAAGGGAUGAAUCUGGUUCUUUUUCCACGCUGGAUUUCACUGCCUCCAAACUUAACCUCUCCAACGCUCGUAAAAUCCUUGCAUCUCCUCCCGAGAAACUCCAGGCCCUGAAUUAGCAGCUACAGAUCUGUGAGCUCUCGCUGUAUCUGGACAGAAUAUGGAAAAGGAGAUGAAUAUCAGAAGGGAAGAAAGAGUGAAGUUGGUUAUUUCUCUGGCACAUGGAUGCAAUUACUCUCGGCGCAUUCCAGAGGCGUUCUUUUGAAUCCUGUGCAGGUCUGCCUGCCGUUCCUGGGAGAGAGAAGGCAGAAGGGAGGAAAAGUCCCUUUCUCACACGGAGACGGAAUGUCUGCACUUUCCAUCCUCUUUUUAGCUUCCUGUUCUGUCUGGCUGGCUGAGGCUCAGACAGAAUUUAAAAGAGUGGCCGAAGAAAACGUGACGUUGCCUUGUCACCAUCGCCUGGGCCUCCUGGAGCAAGGCAGCCUGGACAUUGAGUGGCUGCUGCACACGUCUGAAUCGGUGCAGAAAGCGGUGAUCACCUACUCUGGAGGCCACGUUUACGAUGACCUGAAUGAAGAACAGAAGGGCCGUGUUUCAUUCACCUCCAACUUCCGUGCUGGAGAUGCAUCCCUGCAGAUCAUCUCCCUGCAGUCCAGUGAUGCAGGGAAGUACAUAUGCAAGGUGAAGAACGCUGGGCAGUACGAAUGGGCUCACAUCACCCUGAAGGUUGUAGAGAAACCCUCCAAGCCCAAGUGCUGGCUGGAAGGAGAGCUGUCCGAAGGGAAAGACCUGUCCCUGCAGUGCCGUUCUUCCUCAGGCACUGCGCCCAUCUCCUACCGGUGGCAGCGCAUAAAUGAGGAAGAUGAGAAAGCUGAACAUCUCCCACCUACGUCGAGAGUCAACAUUUCUAAUCCAGGUCAAGUCUUACUGAAGAACCUCACUCAGAUGAGUACAGGGUUGUACCAAUGCAUGGCCACCAACGAGGCCGGGCAGGAGAGCUGUGUUGUUCAGGUGACAGUGCAGCAUGCCCAAAAUAUUGGCAUGAUUGCUGGAGCGGUUUGUGGCGUCGUGGUGGGACUCUGCCUCCUGUUCGUGGUGGUGAGGCUGACAAUAAGAAGGAAAGAAAAGAAGAGGUAUGAGGAAGAGGAGGCCCCAAAUGAAAUCAGAGAAGAUGCAGAGGCACCCAAAGCCCAUCUUGUCAAGCCCAGCUCCUCAUCCUCUGGUUCCAGGAGCUCACGCUCGGGUUCCUCCUCAACCAGGUCGACAGCCAACAGUGCCUCUCGCAGCCAGCGGACUUUGUCAACUGAAGCUACUCCCCAUCUGACUCCUCCACAGUACAGCCAGAGGGAGGUGGGAGGAAAGGAAACAGAGCCAAAGAAAGUCGACUAUGCCAACCUGAUGAAAAUGGGAGCCACGCUGGUCAUGGUGCCCGCCCAGAGCCGAGCGUUCCAGACCGUGUGACUGCUCUGACUUCUGCCAUCCAGAAACACGCCACGUACCACCAGCCACAUAGGAGUUGUUAGAUUAGCUAGUUACCUCCCUGGUCAGCUUAAUUUUAGUCACCUGUGACAAUCUGCACCACAAGAAGCCCUCCCACUCAACUCUUUCCCAGCACUUGAGGUUCUGAGAUGGAUUUUUUUUUUUUUUUGUU